AGAGGAGUGAUAGCUCCUUCCCUUUCUCCACUUUGCUUCUACUCUCUCUAAGUCAACAUGAGUCGGCACUUUAGUUCCAGGUCUGGGUACCGGAGCGGAGGAGGCUUCAGCUCCGGCUCUGCCGGGGUGGUCAGCUCACAACGCAGGGCCACUAGCUGCUCUGUGCGCCGAAGCGGAGGCGGUGGUGGGAGAUUUUCAGGUGGAGGAUGUGGUGGAGGAGGUGCCGGUGGUGGCUUUGGAAGUCGAAGUCUUGUAAGCCUUGGUGGCAGUAAAAGUAUCUCCAUGAGUGUGGCUAGAGGGGGUGGACGUAGUGGUUUUGGUGGUGGUUAUGGCUUUGGGGGUGGUGGAUUUGGUGGAGGUGGAUUUGGUGGUAGUUUUGGCAGCGGUGGUUUUGGUGGUGGCUUUGGCAGUGGAGGUGGUUUUGGUGGAGGUGGUUUUGGUGGAGGUGGUUUUGGUGGUGGCUUUGGGCCUGCCUGCCCCCCUGGUGGCAUACAGGAAGUCACCAUCAACCAGAGCCUUCUGCAGCCCCUCAAUGUGGAGAUUGACCCUGAGAUCCAGAAAGUAAAGUCUCAAGAAAGAGAGCAAAUCAAGACCCUCAACAACCAAUUUGCCUCCUUCAUUGACAAGGUGCGGUUCCUGGAGCAGCAGAACCAGGUGCUGCAAACAAAAUGGGAACUGCUGCAGCAGGUGAAUACCUCCACUAGGACCUACGACUUGGCCCCUUACUUUGAGUCGUACAUCAACAGUCUUAGAAGCAGAGUGGACCAGCUGAAGGGCGAUCAGUCUCGAAUGGAUUCGGAGUUGAAGAACAUGCAAGACCUGGUGGAAGAUUACCGGAACAAGUAUGAGGAAGAGAUCAACAAACGGACAAACGCAGAGAAUGAAUUCGUGACUGUCAAGAAGGAUGUGGAUACUGCUUACAUGGCCAAGGUGGACCUUCAGGCCAAAGCUGACAAUUUGCGUCAGGAAAUUGAUUUCUUCACAACACUCUACCAAGUGGAGCUGUCUCAGAUGCAGACUCAUAUCAGCGACACCAAUGUCAUCCUCUCCAUGGACAAUAACCGCAAACUGGACCUGGACAGCAUCAUCGCUGAGGUCAAGAACCAGUACGAGGAGAUCGCCCAGAGGAGCAAGACUGAGGCUGAAGCCCUGUACCAGACCAAGUAUGAAGAGCUCCAGAUCACUGCUGGCAAACAUGGGGACAACGUGCAGAGUUCGAAGAUGGAGAUUUCUGAGCUGAAUCGGAUGAUCCAGAGACUUAGGGCUGAAAUCAACAGUGUAAAGAAGCAGAUCUCUGGGCUGCAGCAGUCCAUCAGCGAUGCCGAGCAGCGUGGUGAGAAUGCCCUCAAAGACGCCCAGGGCAAGCUGAAUGAGCUGGAGGACGCCCUGCACCAGGCCAAGGAGGACAUGGCCCGCCUGCUGCGUGACUACCAGGAGCUGAUGAACACCAAGCUGGCUCUGGACGUGGAGAUUGCCACUUACAGGGCCCUCUUGGAAGGAGAGGAAAUCAGGAUGUCUGGAGAGUGCACCCCGAACGUGAGCGUGUCUGUGAGCACCAGCCACACCAGCAUCAGCGGAGGUGGUGGCCGAGGAGGCGGCGGCAGCUACGGCGGCGGCGGCAGUUACGGAGGCGGCGGCAGUUACGGAGGCGGCGGCAGUUACGGAGGCGGCGGCAGUUACGGAGGCGGCGGCAGUUACGGAGGCGGCGGCAGUUACGGAGGCGGCGGCAGUUACGGAGGCGGCGGCAGUUACGGAGGCGGCGGCAGUUACGGAGGCGGCGGCAGUUACGGAGGCGGCGGCAGUUACGGAGGCGGCGGCAGUUACGGAGGCGGCGGCAGUUACGGAGGCGGCGGCAGUUACGGAGGCGGCGGCAGUUACGGAGGCGGCGGCAGUUACGGAGGCGGCGGCAGUUACGGAGGCCGGGGAUCCAGCUCUGGGGCCACGAAGACCUCCGGUGGCAGUUCCAGCGUGAAGUUUACUUCUAGCAGCUAUUCCCGAGGGACCAGAUAAAGCGGCGUUAGCUCUCCCUCUCCAUCACUACCAAACAUGCUGGCUGAGAUUAAGGCCAGUUGCCCCAGCCUUACUGAAGAAAUAAGCUACUUGUUACCUUGGCUCCCCAGCUCUUUCCUUUCUGCUCUGCUUCCCAAAGAAGUUUUAAGUCUGCGGCAAGCUCAGCCUCUGGCUCCGACCCUGCUCUGUGCUUUGUCUCAGAAACAGCUGAGCAGCGCCCCUGAGGCACAUUACACUUCAAAGCGCCUCCCCAGGCAGCCGGAGGCGGAGGGCGGCUGAGACCCAAGGCUGCUUUGUCUUGCAAUGAACACGCCAGCUUAUCACUAUCCUAUCUCUUGCAGCAAGCUCUGUGCUGCUUUGGUUUUGUAUGUGUGGUGUAAGCCAGUUGAUUGACUUUGUGGACAGGUCUUAAACUCCUCUUUCCUUGUGUUGCUGCAA